AUAUUUGUUUUAAUUUCUGCUGAGUUAUGACUUGUAGUUAGUGUUUUAAAAUUUGUAAUUUUUUGCAUCUCAAGUGAAGUACUUGAAACAUUUUUAAACGAAUUAAAAAAUGGUUAAAGUUUGGUACAUGGAUGAUGAUACCACUAGUGACCAACGCUUGGAACAUCACAGGAAUCCCCCAAAAUAUUUAUCUCUAGAUGAACUACAUAAGAAGACCGGCGUAGAAUAUUACAGCCUAAAUGUGGAGUCAUACACCACAGACGGAGUUCUUGAACAAAUAAAAAAAGAAAGAGGGUAUACUUAUGAAGAUGAAAUCACCUGCUCAGAAAAGUGUCUUGCCAACUAUGAAGAAAAGCUUAAAUCCUUUUAUACAGAACAUCUGCAUACUGAUGAAGAAAUACGGCUAGUCAUUGAAGGUUCUGGAUACUUUGAUGUAAGAGAUGGUGUAGACCAAUGGAUACGCAUAGCUGUUUUUCCAGGAGACCUCAUCAUAAUACCAAGUGGAAUCUACCAUAGAUUCACACUUGAUUCUAAAAACUACAUUCGUGCCAAGCGCUUCUUCGUUGGUGAACCAGUGUGGCUGCCAUACAACCGCCCAGCUGAUGACAUGUCCUGUCGUAAGGAAUAUGUUGACAAACUGCAAAAGGGAUUUGUAUCAGAUAAUUAACUUCAAUUUUGGUACUAAUGAGAUGGGCCAAUAUGAUGUAACUUCAUGUAUUGGUACCUGGUUUAUAAACUACUGGGACAUACAUAAGCGGUUCCUUUUAUGUUCUUCAUUAGUUACUUUGUAACAUAUAUAAUGUUUCCUAUUAUCACAUACCUUUUACUGAUUCAGUGCCUCAACCUUUUGUAUCACAGCAAUAUUUUAAUUUUUAGUUGAGCUAUCUACAUAUUAAGAAUGUUCAAUGAACUUUAUUGUUUAGUCUCCUCGAGUGUAUAGAAAUUGAAAAAGGCUUUUUUCUAUUAAUCUCCGCCCGCUUCUGGUGAGAGGUAAGUCAGGGAUUAUACAGCCCAAGUAUCAUCAUAAGUGGUUUCAUUGAACUAGGCCCUCGAUCCAUUCUGUAUUUAAAAAAUAAUCUAUUUAAUAUUUCCUAUAUAGUAACUCCUCUUAUUAGUAAAAAAAACUAGACCAAUUCAUACUUCCGAUAUCGUAGACCUUGCGAGAUGUGGAAAGGCGGAAAAUAGACGCUUUCCAUACUCCAAGAACUCGGUAUUAAGCAGUGUCUGUUCUCAACAGUCUCGCAUCCUUAUCUUUGGACGUAUCUCGGUGUAGUGAUCAGUCCAUAUAAGUCAUCCAAAAAAGGUUAAAGGCACUGAAACGCGCGGAAAGUCACUGAGCUUAUCAGAUCUAAGACCAAGUCUACCUUAAGAGGUUCACUGAAGUACAGCAGGAUGACCUCCAAUAGGCAAGGAUGGCGAAGAACUAGCGAAUCACAUAUGCCCCAUCGAAUACUACUAUUGCAUAGCAAUAACGACCGCUCUGUCAAGAGUGUAACGGAGAGGAAGAUUCCCACUUAAUUUUUAUUACAGACUAGAUGAACUCGUGAACUUUAUUUGUGUCCAAACCUAAUGCAACAUUUUUAAAACAUACCAAAGACAACCUCAAACAUCAACCAUGAAACACACAUUUCUGAAAGACCCAAUAAAUAUAUGACAAUCAAGUGACACUUAUUAAUUAAAAAAAAAGACAGGAAUAGAUUUUAUAGGAAAAUUGUUUCUGGACUUCCACAAAAUACAAGACCAUAAUUAGCCAAAUCGGUCCAGGCGUUCUCGAGUUUUAGCGAGACUAACGAAUAGCAAUUAAUUUAUAUAAAUGUAUUGCUAUUCAUUAUUUGAAUAUAUACAUAUAUAAAAUUUUCGUGUCACAAUGUUAGUUACCAUACAUAAUCCUCCGAAACGGCUUGACUGAUUUUUAUCAAAUUUUAUAUGCAUAUUCAGUAGGUCUGAGAAUCGGCUACUAUCUAUUUUUCAUACCCCCAAGUGAUAUGGGGCGUUCACCUCAAGACUUUUUUUUUUGAAGAAAUUUUGUGUUUUUUUUUAUGCAUUAGUUUUCAAUUAACCCCUAUUUUUUUUGAUACUUAAGGAUUUAGGCAUUAAGGUGAAACGAAGUUCGCGGGGGCAGCUAGUUUAUAGAUUUGCAGGCUUCCAUUUUCACAAUCUUGAACACAUAAUUAUAACAAAAUUGUUUGAUUAAACUUGAUACUACAUUUGGAUUGACAAAUAUUGUGAACCGGUGAUAUAUCUUAUUGUAUAGUAAAGUAAGGUUACUUUAAGUUUUGUUUUUUGUUUGCUACAAAUGUUUUAUAAAUGAUUCUACACCAGUAUACUAAUGUAGGGUCUCCGUGCCAAGUAUGUCAAUAUGUUCCUCCUUAUUGUAUUUAAGUUUGAAAAUUAAUUAAUAUAGUUAGAGUUGAUAAUUGGGUACAAUAAAAUAAGUAAUUUGUGAAACAAAAACAUUUAUUGUUUAAAACUUUAAUCAGUAUAAUUACACUCUUUUAAUGUAUUCUUUUGUGUCUUUCUGACAAAUUUUGUGUAUGCCGAGAUGGAAAGAGAGAUAAAUGCUUUACUUAAAACGGUGGAAUUAGACUGAUAUUUUCGUUAUAAGGGGAUCUUUAUGUAAAUGUUAUAUACAAAUCUAUCUAUAUUUAAUAGUUUUAAUAUACAAUUGUUAUUU